GACCACCACGGAGCGUUUUAGUCUGCUAACAUGAGGGGUCUUACACUCUUGUCGCUCGCCUUCCUUGGGGUCUGUAGUGCCCUCACUGUGCCCCACUCGCUGGUCCACCCACGCGAUCUGGAGAUUCGCCAUGGAGGAGUGGAGGGUCGUAUUACCAACGGAAACCAGGCGUCCGAGGGUCAGGUGCCCUACAUCGUGGGUGUGAGCUUGAACAGCAACGGAAACUGGUGGUGGUGCGGGGGAUCCAUAAUCGGACACACUUGGGUGCUCACCGCCGCCCACUGCACUGCUAAUGCCGAUGAGGCUUCACUGUACUAUGGCGCCAUCAACUACAAUGAGCCUGCCUUCCGCCACACAGUCAGCAGUGAGAACUUCAUCAGGUAUCCCCACUAUGUGGGUCUCGAUCAUGAUUUGGCCCUGAUCCGGACGCCCCAUGUGGACUUCUACAGCCUGGUCAACAAAAUAGAGCUUCCCAGCCUGGAUGACCGCUACAACUCCUACGAGAACAGUUGGGUUCAGGCCGCAGGAUGGGGUGCCAUCUACGAUGGCAGCAAUGUGGUGGAGGAUCUGCGAGUGGUGGAUCUGAAGGUGAUUUCCGUGGCGGAGUGCCAGUCCUACUACGGAACUGAAACCGCCUCCGAGAACACCAUCUGUGUGGAGACUCCGGACGGAAAGGCCACCUGCCAGGGUGAUUCUGGUGGUCCUCUGGUCACAAAGGAGGGCGAUAAGCUUAUCGGAAUCACUUCCUUUGUCUCCGAUUACGGAUGCCAGGUUGGAGGUCCGGCUGGCUUCACUAGAGUCACCAAAUACCUGGAAUGGAUCAAGGAGGAGACCGGAAUCUAUUAUUAAAAGAAAACUUUGUUAUUUUAAGAGCAUAAAUGUGCCGAAAGAAGGUUGAAAUAAAUAAAGAACAUUCGCUGUAA